AUGACCAGCACACGCACUAUUUUGGGACCACUAACAACAACAUUUACCUAUCCAUCCUCAUGUAGCGUCGCUGUGGAAGCAUGUUCUGGGUGUUCGUCUGGCUGGCAGGCUCAAACAUGCAGCGACAAUGGUUACAACGACCAAGGUAUCCAGGAUAACAUCGAAUGCUGGCCACCACGCUCGAAUUCCGACCUGUCAACAGGUGUCGCGCUAAAUGGCUGGGGGUUCUACUCCCCUGGCCUGUACUGCCCUGCUGGAUACUCGACCGCGUGUUCUGCAACUGGAGGUGUUGAUGGCGGGUUCACAUUCCAGUACCCUCUAGAACAAUCGGAAACUGCUAUAGGGUGUUGUCCAACCGGAUUUACAUGUGACUAUACCCUAGGUCCCCAGCAAUACCAAACGUGUCAUUCCGUAUACUUCACAGGGUCCUUUCCGGCCAUUGCUUGUUCCUCUGGAACAAGCAAUGACUUCACAUAUCAAACCGUCCCCGCGACAUUCAGCGCAGUGGCGUCCUCAAUCGCCGAGGAAAUAGUCGUUUCUAGCUACAUCAUCAACGCGCCAUUGAUUCAGCUCAACUACAAGUCAACCGAUCUACCAUUAUCAACGGUGCCCCCAACAUCGACGGCUACAUCCACGACAGCGACGGCUACAUCUUCAAAAGUGACGACUACUCCAACGACCACGUCCACCAAUAAAUCGGCCAGUUCCAAUUUGUCUACGGGUGCCAAAGCUGGAAUUGGUGUUGGUGCUGCUCUUGGGGCGCUAGCGUUGAUUGCCGGGGCGAUUUGGCUUUUAUUUCGUGAGCGAAAGCGUACACAGGAAUAUCCUCAGUAUGCGCAGGAUCGUGUUCAAACUAGAAGGCACGAGUUGUCAUCUGAAACUAGACCGCAUGAGCUCUCUCCGAGCCACGCAUUGUCUGAAGCAGGCUCAGGGAUGGAACCAAAAACCCCGAACUUCGGACCCGCAGAAUUACAUUAG